UCUGCCUUGUAUAGGGGUCUCCCAACGAAGAGUGCUCUUUAUAUAUAGAGAUAAAUCUCUAUCAACAUAUCGUCGUCGUCCAAUCCUCGCGAGCAGUGAAAUGCCUGUCGGCAGCUGCUGGAUGGAAUGAAUGGGGCUUGCCUGCUCUCCCCCCCUGCUUCCGUGCUGCUCUCCGAUGACUGAAAUUGGUGGACUAAUCUCAAGAGCAGGAUGAGAGCGGGAUAAUAUGUUAGCCUCAGCUGUUGAAGAGCACGGGAGUACGGAUCGGAGCAUGCAAAAGCACCAUUAAACCGAGCACGGAUCGGAACAUUAAAUUCAGAAUAAAUGCUACGAAAAUUGAGGAGGUAAACCAGGACAGGGUCAACCUUUACCCUCUCGACAGAACAGAUUGAGCGAGAGUCAGAGAGCGUGACGUUAGAUGGAUGGAUGUGGCAUGCAGUUGGCAGAGCGGUGGAUCCAUGGUCGGUUGCACAAUUCGGGGAAGGAGGGGCCAAGAAUGGCGCUGGCUUGAUCAUAUUCACUCCAACCACAUCGACAUCCAGAGCUAGCUGCCCUGCCGCAAUCCAUCAUUCUCCUCACUCCCCACACUCCCACUCUCUCCGCCGUUCGUCUUCGUCUCCGUCUCCGUCUCCGGCCGGUGCCGGCGCGCGAGAGAGAGCGAACCGUUCGUCCUAGCGCUCCAUGGGCGGCUACAUCCCGGAGUCCGGCACCGGCACCGUCGUCCGCGCCGCCCGCGCCGGCGCCGGGCGGUACCCGCCGCUGGCCUCCCUGGUCGUCUCCACCAUCGCCGCCUUCUCCGCCGUCAUCGUCAUCGCCGUCCUCCACUCGGCGUACGACGAGGCGGUGUCCCGGACGCGGACGCUGCUGGGCCACAACCUGGAGCCGACGCCAUGGCACCCGUUCCCGCACGACAAAGGCCGGCCUCCUCCUCGCGCCGCCCUCCGCUGCGCCCCGCUCCUCUCCUGCCUCCCUCCCCUCUCCCACCCACACCCUUCACCACCCAACGCGUCUCGCUCUCGCCGCACCAAGCAAUGCCCGGCCUACUUCGCCGCGAUCCACCGCGACCUCGCGCCCUGGCGCCGCCACGGCCAUGGCGGCAUCACCCGCGAGCUCCUCGACUCCGCGCGCAGCCGGGCGUCCAUGCGCGUGACCAUCACCGGCAACGGCCGCCGCCUCCACGUGGACCUCUACUACGCGUGCGUGCAGAGCCGGGCGCUGUUCACCGUCUGGAGCCUCCUCCAGCUGAUGCGCCGGUACCCCGGCCGCGUGCCCGACGUCGACCUCAUGUUCGACUGCAUGGACCGCCCCGCCAUCAACCGCACCACUGGCGGCCCCAAUCCGCCAUUGCCGCCGCCACUGUUCAGGUACUGCACGACCAAGGACCACCUGGACAUCCCGUUCCCGGACUGGUCCUUCUGGGGCUGGCCGGAGACGCACAUCAACCCCUGGGCAAAAGAGUUCCGUGCCAUCAAGCAAGGCAGCCGCCGCGUGAAAUGGGGCGACCGGGUGCCGCUCGCGUUCUGGAAGGGCAACCCUGACGUGGCGUCCCCGCUCCGCCUCGCCCUCCUCGCCUGCAACGACACCAACCUCUGGCACGCCCAGAUCAUGCGCCAGAAUUGGGAGGAGGAGGCCAAGUCCGGGUACCGGCACUCGGCGCUGUCGACGCAGUGCGCGCACCGGUACAAGGUCUACGCGGAAGGGUUCGCGUGGUCGGUCAGCCUCAAGUACAUCCUGGCGUGCGGCUCCAUGGCGCUGGUGAUCGACCCGAGGUACGAGGACUUCUUCAGCAGGGGGCUGGAGGCCAAGGUGAACCACUGGCCCGUGCGUGCCGAUGUCGGCAUGUGCGAGUCGAUCCGGGACGCCGUGGAGUGGGGCAACGCGCACCCGGAGGAGGCCGAGCUCGUGGGCCGCCGCGGGCAGCGGCUCAUGCAGGAGCUCGGGAUGGACGCCGUCUAUGACUACAUGCUGCACUUGCUCACGGAGUAUGCUAAGCUGCUUGAUUUCGUUCCGUCGCCGCCGGACACGGCGCAGGAGGCCUGUGUGGGCUCCGUGCUCUGCCUUGCCGAUGAAGGGCAGAGGAGGUUCCUUGAGAUGUCCAAGGCAGAGCCGGCCACCGGCGAGCCAUGCUCCUUGCCGCCGCCGCCGGCGGCGGCGGAUGGAUGAUUGGAUUGGAGCUUUACGGGUGCGGAUGAUCAUUGAGGCUUUAGGAUAUGAGCAUGCCCCUAGAGCGUAGGGAAUUAGGGAUCGAUCGAUGAAAUCAUGGAAAUGGAGUUAGCAGUAUAUGGAUAUUAGCGUAGCGUAGCGUCUAAGCACAUCUCGAUCGAUUUUCAAGCUGGUUUCUCUUGAUCAAUCUUGACUCUAAUAAAAAUGAGAACGUUGCUUAACGUGGGUUGAAA